AUGGCAUUGGAGAUAAAUAGGGAAACCCUGAUCAAUUUUCAGCCAGUGAAAUCAUUCAAAGCAGGUGACCAUGAGGUCGCUCCUAUAACUUCGCUAAGCUUCGACGAUCAUGGCCAAUACUUGUUGACUGCUUCUGCGAAUGACAAUAUGCAUCUCUAUGACGCUGUAGGCUGCCGUUUCCUGAAUACAGUUGCAUCAAAAAAAUAUGGUUGCCAUUCAGCCAAAUUUACACAUGCUCAAUCAGAGUGCAUAUACUCUUCCACCAUGAAGAGUUUCGACAUUAGGCACCUCAAUUUAGAAACCAACCAAUACCUUAGGUAUUUCACAGGGCAUGGUGCUUUAGUCAGUGAAAUAGCAAUGAGCCCUCUUGACGAUACUUUCCUAUCUGCAUCAUAUGACGAAUCUGUUCGUCUAUGGGACCUUCGAUCAUCCAAGGCGCAGGCUAUGAUUCCUAGUUUGGUUCCAAAUCGCAUAGCAUACGAUCCCAGUGGUCUUGUUUUCGCUCUAGGCAAUCCAGAAAACUAUGAGAUCGGCCUAUACAAUGUAAAGCAAUUAAAAUCGGGACCAUUUUUGGUAAUAAAAGUCGAUCCUUCAUUCCAUCAGUGGUCAAAGAUAGAGUUCUCGAAUGACGGGAAGUAUAUCCUACUUUCGUCUUCAGCUGGAAAAAACAUGAUCUUAGAUGCUUUUGAUGGUUCUAAACUAUUUGAGCUUGUUGGGACGAGACCUUUUCCUCUCAGAGAAUUUAUGGACGCAGGCUCUGCUUGCUUCACGCCUGACGGUCAAUAUACUUUGGGAACAGAUUAUUCAGGAAAGAUUGCGCUUUGGAACCAUGCGGAAUCAAUUAGCGGCAGGAGCUUGAAGCCGAUUGGUUCUAUUCCUUCUGUUUCUGAAAGCAGCCCAAGAACGAUAGCAUUCAAUCCGAAGUAUUCCAUGUUCGUCACUGCAGAUGAAAACGUCGAUUUCUAUGUAUAUGAUGGAAAUAAAUAG